AUGAUGCAUUUGUCUUUUAUGUCAUUUAUCUUGCUUUUAAUGAUGGGUACCACGUUGCAUGUCAAUGGAGCGACAAAUACGUUGGCCAAUGCAAAUAACAGUCAAACGCCUCGCUGUAACAAGACGCCAGUUAACCAUUGCAACUGCCAAUGCACUCUAAAUCAGGAUUCGCGCGCCAUGAAGUCCUUAGAAGCAAAAGUGGAAGGUCUUAUUGGACUGAACAACAAUACCUGUAAAAUUUAUAGCGAUGCUGUAAACUCCCUAGAAGCAAAGGUGGCGAGUCUUAAUGUAUUGAACAACAAAACUUACGGCAGCAGCGUUGCCGUUGAGUCCUUGGAAACAAAGAUGGAGAGUCUUAUUGGACUGAAAAACAAUACUUCUGGCAUCAGCGAUGCUGUGAAGUUCUUAGCAGCAAAGGUGGAGAGUAUUAGUGGACUAAACAACGAGACAUCUAGCAUCAGGGAUGGAGUAAAAUCUUUAGAAGAAAAGGUUGAAAGUCUUAUUGGACUAAUCAGCAGAAAUUCAACUUUCAUUCCAGAAGCCGCCUCAAAACCCAAAGGUAAUCUAAUCAUAAUUUAUGUUUAUGAAAAUUUUUAUUCCUCUCAAUAUAAGGUACACCUCUUUAUCUUCCUUUUCAGGGUGUUAUUUUUGUAUGUUUGUUUUUUUUUUAUGAUACCUUGAAAAAAAGGAUGUAUGUAUGUAUUUACCUUUUUUGCGGCAUGUGCGACUGAAAACCGUUGCAUUUGCCCUUUAGAUUUCUUAAAACGUUUAAAUAUGUUAAUAUCUUUUUUUUACUUAGAUUUCUUAGACUUCUGAUUUUAGAAACUAAUAAAACAAAUCUUCGCAUUUAAGUUCAUCAUCCUUAUCUUAGCCUAAUAUUUACGCUGUCUGGUGAAGAAGUAGAUUAGGAUCUGAAAAUGCAAUACAAUGACUUGAAUGAUACUAACCAAAGAGAAAAAAUAGAAACAAAAAACAAAACCAAAAACACCACUUCUAAAAACUAACACAAAAUGAAUGAAGUUCCCACAAAAAGCAAAAACAAAAAACCAACAAACGAAACAAAAACCAUGCAUGCGUUUAAACUCACACCCGAUAUCUUAUCGUCGCACGCUUGUAUCGAAGGAUUUCCUGCUAUUUUCUAACAAAGGGCCAAUCUUGGUAUGAACAUACUAAGACAGUAUUGUUAAUAAAGUACAAUAAUAGUCAUAAAGCUCGUCACACCUCUUUGUUUAAUGUUUUGUUAGGUUUGUGGACUUGAUCCUGCACAACGUUCAACAGUAACUUAAUUCAUAGCCAGUCUCCCAUACUAAAAAUAGAGAUCAAUGAAAAUCACGGAAAACCAAACCCUAAGGCCAAUAUUGAAGUGCAUGAUCUUGUAACCAAGUGAUUAUAUCAUAUUUCGGUAGUUUGAUAAUUCCAUUGGAAUUACUUGAUGUUAGUCCAUUAAUCGUAACAUUGAAUGAUGCAUUAUCUCAUUUUUAAGAUGUUCGAAAAGGUGGUGACUUCUCGUUGAGCAAGUUAACCUCGUAAACAAGUUGCAUUCUUUCACGUAUAAAAUUUUGGCAUGAACAAAAUCACGAUCAAAUAGUAAAUGGCUUCUGCUAAACGUUGUAUUUUGUUUUGUUUGAAAAGCAACCACUUGACAAAAAGGUGUUGAGCGAGAAAUUUUGACGCUUAAAAGAGAAGAAUGAAGAAGUAAAAAAUAUAAAUUUUAAAUCUUAGGUUGCAAAAGGAAGACUCCAUUUUCCGGUGAAAAUAGAGGUGGGCCUUUACCCACAUUAGCCAUUGGCCAGAGCAGGGAAAUUUAG